AUGACAUCCCAGGUAGGUUUUGUGUUACUCCGGACACUGAAGCUAGUCGUCCGAACAAUUGUUGUUCCAAUUGCAUGGUUGAUUCGAAUUCUGGCAAUUCCAAUCAGUGGCUGGCUCCAGAAGCUAGACAAGCGUCAUAGGAUCGCCGACGACUGGUAUAUUGCAACGUAUUUUCUGACAGCUGUUCCCCGGUACGUGUGGAGCGUUUAUCGUGGUAGAUUCCAGCUUUGGUACACUUUCGUUCACCAAGUCGAGCACAGUGGCGAUGUGCCGUGCAUAACGUACCCCAAACCGCUUAGCCAGAAGGGUGAGUUUGAGCUAGAGUCCUAUACGUACCGUGAAACCUACGAAAUCGUCCUUCGACUCUCGCACCUUUUGUACCACGAAUAUGGCGUCAGAGAAAACCACACAGUGGCCAUGGACUACGCCAAUAAGCCUAUGUUCAUCUUCAUGUGGUUUGCUCUGUGGAACAUAGGAGCAGUGCCCUCGUUUUUGAACUACAACUCCAUGGGAGCUCCACUAGUGCACUCCAUCAAGAUUGCGAACGUAAGGGCGGUUUUCGUGGACAUGCAAGUCUCGGGAGCCUUGAAGGAAACGGAGGGCGCCAUACGGAGCGAACUACCGCAAGUCAAAUUGCACUACCUCUCUGAUGAACAGAUUUACACAACGAUUUUGGAUGUGAACUCUCCCCAGUUUUUGCAAGCAGUCGAAAAACGGUCGCCGCCCUUUGGCACCGACUUCCAACCGGCGUGUUUGAUUUACACAUCUGGAACCACGGGGCUACCCAAGUCUGCCAUUAUGUCGUGGAGAAAAGCAGUCAUUGGGUGUUCCUUGUUUGGCUACAUCAUGAGAAUCAAGAGAGAUUCGACGGUUUUCACUGCCAUGCCAUUGUAUCACUCUACCGCUGCUCUACUAGGUGUCUGUGCUGUAUUCUCGCAAGGUGGAUGUGUGGCUAUAUCCAACAAGUUUUCCGCGAGCUCGUUUUGGAAGCAGGCCUACUUGACCAAGUCCACGCAUAUUCAGUAUGUCGGUGAAAUCUGUCGUUACUUACUGCAUACGCCUGUCUCGGAAUUUGAGACUAAGCACUGCGUCAAGGUGGCUUACGGUAACGGCCUCAGAGCCGAUAUCUGGCAAGAGUUUAGAAACAGGUUUGGGAUCGAGAUCAUUGGUGAGUUUUACGCUUCCACAGAAGCCCCGUUUGCCACCACAACAUUUCAAAGAGGAAACUUUGGCAUUGGAGCAUGUAGAAGCUACGGAACUGUGAUCAGUAAGAUUCUUUCAAUUCAGCAGACCAUAGUCCGCGUGGAUCCUGAGGAUGAAAGUACAGUGUACAGAAACAAAAAAGGUAUGUGUGAGGUGGCCCCGCCUCGCGAGCCCGGUGAAAUGCUCAUGAAGAUCUUCAUGCCCAAGAAACCAGAAGCGACGUUUCAAGGCUACCUCGGUAACGAAAAGGCUACAAAAUCCAAGGUUCUACGUGACGUCUUCAGAAAAGGUGACGCAUGGUACCGGUCAGGGGAUCUUGUCAGGUCUGAUGAACAUGGGUUGUGGUAUUUCGUAGAUAGGAUGGGAGACACCUUUAGAUGGAAAUCGGAAAAUGUUUCGGCAGCUGAAGUUGAAGAUCAGAUCAUGGCUUUUGCAAACUUGACAGUUGCUGCAGUGGUUGUUGUUGGAAUAAAAGUACCCGAUCAUGAGGGAAGGGCUGGUUUUGCGGUCUUGCAAUUGGCACCACAGGCGCGAAACUUACGUGGUGACGUGAAAUUCUUGAACGACAUGCUGUCUGCAUUGAAGAAAUGCCUUCCAAAGUAUGCCCUCCCCACGUUUAUCAAGUUUGUUGAUGAAAUUGAGCAUACUGAUAAUCAUAAGAUCAAGAAGAAAAGUUACAAAAACCAAGUUCUUCCUCAUGGUGCUGGUGGUGACGAGAUAUUGUACUGGCUCAAAAAUCUCAAUGAGUACAAACCUCUCACAAAUACCGAUUGGAUCGACAUCAACUCUGGCGUCGUCAAGCUAUAA